UACUUUACUAUUAUUCUUUUUAAAGAUGGAAUAUAUUUAUAAAAUACCGUUCUUCGUUUUAGAAGUGCCCAAUUUAAAACUUAAAAGGCCAUCUUGGUUCGUGAAACCUAGCGCGAUGAUAGUUUUUUCUUUCGUUCUUUUAUCAUACUUUUUAGUGACAGGAGGUAUAAUAUACGAUGUAAUUGUUGAACCGCCCAGUGUAGGAUCUACGACUGAUGAACAUGGUCAUACGAGGCCUGUGGCAUUUAUGCCAUAUCGUGUAAAUGGUCAAUAUAUUAUGGAAGGUUUAGCGUCAAGCUUCCUAUUUACUUUAGGUGGUUUAGGUUUCAUUGUACUUGAACAAACGCAUAGUCCAUCCACUCCAAAACUUAACAGAAUUCUUUUAAUAUGCGUUGGAUUCAUUAGUAUAAUUGUCUCGUUUAUUACAUGCUGGAUAUUUAUGCGUAUGAAAUUACCGGGAUAUUUACAAUCAUGAAUGGAUUUUUCUAAGGUAUACGCAAAACAUAACUUUGAAAAAAUUUAAUAUCACUUUUUAUAAGAAAAAGAAUAAAUGAAACAAAUUUCUUGUAAAUAUAUUAUUUAAUAAAAAACAA